AUGGCCCCUAAUGAAUCACAAUUCUUUGAUAAGCAAGCUAUGUUUGAAGAACUAGAUGCCCUUCACAAAAAUCAUACUUGGGAUAUGGUUAAUUUGCCUCCUGGUCAGUCUGUAGUAGGUUGUAGGUGGGUUUACAAGGUCAAGACCAAGGCUAAUGGAUUUGUUGAACUAUACAAGGCUCGCCUCGUUGGCAAUGGCUUUACUCAAGAAUAUGGCAUUGACUAUGAGGAAACAUUUGCUCAUAUUGCUCGCCUUACAUCUGUUAGAUGUCUCAUUGCUGUGGUUGCCGUUUGUCGUUGGCUUCUUUAUCAGAUGGAUGUGAAGAAUGCUUUCCUCAAUGGAGACCUCCAAGAAGAAGUGUACACACAACCACCCCCUAGCUAUACUCACUCAGGCUGUCAAAGAUGGGUUAAGGCCGAUCUCAUAGUUGAUGACGGUGGUGACGCCACUCUGCUCAUCCACGAGGGCGGUGGUGACGCCACUCUGCUCAUCCACGAGGGCGUUAAGGCCGAGGAGUUGUUUGAGAAGAUCGGGACUCUUCCGGACCCAGCUUCCACCGACAAUGCCGAGUUCCAGAUUGUGCUGACCAUUAUCAGAGAUGGGUUGAAGACAGAUCCCAAGAGGUACCACAAGAUGAAGCAAAGAUUGGUUGGUGUGUUUGAAGAGACAACCACUGGAGUUAAGAGGCUUUACCAGAUGCAGGCCAAUGGUACCCUCUUGUUCCCUGCUAUUAACGUUAACGACUACGUCACCAAGAGCAAGGAAAUAACUAAAAACAUUGUCUUUUGA